AUGCCAUCCCGUCGCGAAUUCUUCCUCCAUCGAAAACACGCAAUUGUCACAGGCGGUUCGAAAGGCAUCGGUUUCGCGUUGGCAUCAGAAUUGGUGAAUAAAGGUUGUCAUGUGACGAUAAUUGCGAGAAAUGUGAAUGAUUUGAAGAAUGCGAGUGGGAAAUUGCAAGAAUUGGCUGAUAGUCGAGGACAGAAUCAGAAGAUUGCAUGGAAAUCGUUGGAUAUGACUGCGCCUUAUGAGAUUGUGAGUGGUUAGGAUUCUAAUAUGAGCAAUGAUUCCUCAGAUCCGACUUAUAUACAAGGGGAAUUCUAGAUUUUUUCAUUUCUCCUCGAGCUCUCAAUUUAUUCGGCUGAAGUUCGUCAAGAAAAUACAUCAUUGCUCAUAUUAUGCAGGGGUUUACGAAAUGAGAAAAAACCGUUUUUUAACGUUAAAAAACCAAAAAAUUAAUUCACGAACGGUAUUUUUAUUCAUUUUUCACCAUUUUUUCAACACAUUUGAAUAAAGUGAAGCUAAAACGCACAGAAAUGCUAUUUCAAGACCUUUUAAUCAGCCUAAAAGACAAAUCUAGCCUUAAAAAAAUUUCGAAAAUCAAAACUUUGAUUUUGAAAGCUCAAUUUGUCUUUCAGGCUGAUUAGAAGGUCUUGAAAUAGCAUUUUUGGACACUAAAAUUGCGUUUUAGCUUCACUUUAUUAAAUUUGUUAAGAAAAUGAUUAAAAAAUGAAUAAAAAUACCGUUCGCGAAUCACUUUUUUGGUUUUUUAACGUUAAAGACACGUAGAAAACUAGAAAUCGUUCGAAAAUCAUUAUUUGCAUGUUUUUUAUCAUCCUUCAAAUAGUGGAAGUACAUAAACAAAAUUGAAAAAUAUUGAGUUUAGCGAAAGUCAAAAAAAGAAAUUUCCUUUUUUGAAAUCGCUCAGCCGACGCGAAUUUUGGUGUUUGCACAAAUGUUCGUGAUUUGCCGCACAUGUGUGCAUUCUUAGCAUACCGUACCACCACUUUUUAUUCGUUUUUUUUUUCAAACGAACAACACACAACUUUGAAAAAAGGCGCGCGUUCAAAUUUUUACGAUUUCCAACACAAAUUUCUAGUUUUCUAUGUGUCUUUAAAAAAUGUUUUUUUUAUUUCGUGAAUCAAUGAAUAAAAUGAGCAAUGAUGCAUUUUCUUGAACUUCAGCCGAAUAAAUUGAGAGCUCUAGGAGAAAUCUGAGAAAUCCUGAGAUUUUCAAGAUUUCUGAAUCGAAUCUGAAUUUUUUUUCUAGUUUCUGAACCACUGGGAUUCGGAAUUUCUUCAAAAAUCCAAAAUUUCUCCAUUUUUUCUUGGCACAAUUUUGAUUAUCCAAAAUUUUGAUCUUGAGCAAAAUUUUAUGGGGUGAUUCAAGUUGAAAAAAAAUAAUGAAAGUUUUUUUUACAAAAAAUUUCGAUUCAGCAAAUUGACUUUUUUUUCAUUUUUGGGUGGGAAAAAUGCCGAAAAUAGGAAAAAUUUAUGGUUUUUUGACAUUUUCUGAAUCGAAAAUUUUUGUAAAAAAAAGUUUUUUUAAAUUAUUUUUUUUUUCGUCUUGAAUCACCCCAUUGAAACACUUUUUCAUAUUUCUGAAAAUCCCUAAAUUCUUGAGCCAAAGUGUUUUGGAGUUUGGAACACUAAUUUUUUUUUUGAAUUUGUAUUCUCCAAGUCUAGACAAAUAAUAUAUUUUUUCCAGAUCAAAGAGGCUUUUGACAACGCUGCAAAAGAACUCGGCCCAAUCGACAUUCUCAUAAACAACGCUGGUCACAGUGUGCAAGCACCAUUCUGCGAUCUUCCCAUCACCGACUUUGAAAAUCAAAUGAAAAUCAAUUAUUUGAGCGCAGUUCACGCGACUCGUGCAGUUGUCGAUGAAAUGAAACAACGACAAACCGGUCAUAUCUCAUUCGUCUCCUCAGCCGCCGGACAAUUUGCGAUUUUCGGAUAUUCCGCAUAUUCGCCGACGAAAUUCGCGUUGCGCGGUUUCGCCGACACACUGCACAUGGAAUUGUUGCCGUUCAAAGUCAAUGUUGGCGUUUUGUAUCCCCCGAAUACGGAUACUGAGGGAUUUAAGGUUGGUCUUUUUAGGGGAUGAGAGGGUGGAGGGAAAUUGAAUUAGAUUAGUAUUUCUCUGUUUUGCUUGAGGCAAAAAACAUUUGAUUUAUGUUUCGUUGAGUUUGAGCUGUUGUGAGAAAAUGGUCCGGAAAAUGAGUCAAAAACAUGGGAUUUAUUGUGGGAAAAAGUCUGGUUUUUGAACGAUUGUUUGAAAAUUCGAUUUGCAAAUUGCCACGUCAUAGAGUUCACGUUUCACAAGGAAAAAGUAGAAUUUUUGAAAAUUUAGGAUCUAGAGGGUUGAAUUUUCAAGGAUUAGGGCCUAGAGAGCCUGAUGCUCAAGUAGUCGCGCCUAGAGAACCUGAUUCUCAAGUAGCUGCGCCUAGAAAGAUUAGUUGUCUAGGAUUCGCGCCUAGAGAGUCUGUUUCUCAAGUAGCUGCCCCUAGAAAGCCUAGUUGUCUAGGAUCAGAGCCUAGAGAAUCUAAUUGUCUAGGGUCAGCUCCUAAAGAGCGUGAUUCUCAAGCAGCCACGCCUAGAGAACCUAGUUGUCAAGAAGCCGUCCCUAGAGAGUCUGGUUUUCAAGUAGUCACGCCUAGGAAUUUAAAUUGUCAAGGAUCAGAGCCUAGAGAGCCUGUUUCUCAAGCAGCCGCGCCUGCAAACCCCAGUUCUCAAGUAGCCGCUAUUAGAGAACCUGGUUUUCAAGCCACACCUCGGUCAAAAUCGUGGUUUCCAUAAUAAAAAAUUGUACGCUAACUUUUUACAGUACAAAAAUUGUGAAUUUUUCAGUUUUUGAUCUCUAAAAACUGAAAUUCAGAUUUUUCAAAAAAUUGUACUCUGGCCAGCCACGGCUUGGCCGAGGUGUGUUUCAAGCAGCCGCGCCUAUGAAUUUGAAUUGUCAAGGAUCGGAGCCUAGAGAUCCUAGAUCUCAAGCAUUCACGCCUUCAAACCCCAGUUUUCAAGUAGCCGCGCCUAGAAAACCUAAUUGUCUAGGAUCAGAGCCUAGAAAUCAACUCUGACAAGGAGCCGCGCCUUGAGAGCCUGGUUUUCAAGGAGCCGCGCCUUGAGAGUGUCUAUACCAAGAAGCUGAGCCUAUGAAUUCAAAUUGUCAAGGAUCAGAGCCUAGAGAGUCUGAUUCUCAAGCAGCUGAGCCUAUAGAUCCUAGAUCUCAAGUAGCCGCGCCGAGAGAACCUAGUUGUCUAGGAGAAGAGCCUAGAGAGCUUGGUUCUCGAGCAGACGCGCCUAGAGAAUUUAAUUGUCAAGGAUCAGAUCCUAGAGAGCUUGGCUCUUAAGUAGUCACGCCUAGAGAAUUUAAUUGUCAAGGAUCAGAGCCUAGAGAACCUAAUUGUCUAGGACCCGCAUCUAGAAAUCAACUCUGACAAGGAGCCGCGCCUAGAGAGGUUGGUUCUCAAGGAGUCGAGCCUAGAGAGCCUUUUUCUCAAGUAGCCGCGCCUAGAGAGCCUGGUUUUCAAGCAGUCGCGUCUAGAGAAUCUAAUUGUCUAGGACCCGCGUCUAGAAAUCACCUCUGACAAGGACCCGCGCCUAGAGAGCCUGUUUCUCAAGUAGCCGAUGCGAGCGAAUAUUUUUCGAUUUGAAAUCAUGUCCCCGGAUCAUUUUCGAAUUAAAAUUGUUGAAAAUUAAAGUUUUUUCGAAAUUUUUCCAGAAUCUGCAAUCCAAGGGCCGAAUUCAUAGAAAACUCCCCUAAAAAUUGUUGAAAAUUUGUCUAAUUUUCAAGAUUCUGGAAUUCAGAAUGAGAUUUUUCCUCGUGAGAAAAAUCUUUUUUUUUAGUAUAUUAAAUUUAUGAAUUCGGUCCCAGAUUCAUUUUUAAGCAAAAAGUCCUCAUAAAAUCGAAUUUCUCUAAUUGUCAGGUCGAAAUCGAAACAAUGCCCGAAGAAACCCGUCUAAUGAGCGAAUCAGCCGGUCUAUUCACUCCCGAAUACGUCGCCCAACAACACAUUUCAGACAUUGAAUCUGGUAAUUAUUCGACCACAAUUGGUCUCGAUGGAUGGAUGUUAGGUAUGCUCAAUUGAGCCCAUUUUAUUCUUUCAUCUCUCUCGUUUCCUUACAGGAAAUUUGACCGCCGGUGCAUGUCCAGAAAAAUCGCUGGCACGUGGUUUGGUUCAAGUUUGCUUUGCUGGUUUGUUCCGCGCGAUCACCCUGGUUUAUUUGGGAUAUUUUAACGGAAUCACCAAAAAAUGCCAAAAACGAAGAUUUAAAUUGGAAAAAGAGAAGGCUUCUUCAAAAUCGGAUUAG